AUGGGCGACUCAAUCUACUUCUACAACCCAUCCCUCGCCGCCUCAAUCCUCUUCACAAUCCUCUACACCAUCCCCCUACUCUACCACACCUACCUAUCCCUCAUCGCCCCCUACACAGGUCUCCAGAAAAAAGUACCCUACUUCAUCCCCAUCGCCAUCGGCGCCGCCACAGAAGUAGCCGCCUACGCCAUCCGAGCCGCCAGCGUUCACCAACAAGACAACAUCGGCCUCUACGCCACCUCCUCAAGUCUAAUCGUAAUAGCCCCUGUCCUCGUCUGCGCAAGCCUCUACAUCCUGAUCGGGCGAUUGAUCCGGUCGUCCGCCGGCGGCGGUCGUGCCACCCCCAGCUCUGACACCGAGACGAAGGAGCCCGUACAGCUGUUCGGGAGGUUCUCGCCGUCUUGGAUCCCUAGGGUGUUCGUUACAUCCGAUGUUGUUAGUUUUCUGACGCAGGCAGCUGGGAGCGGGAUUGCUUCUUCGAAUGAUUGGACGGGGAAGGAGAAGGAUGUGGGUGUUGGGGUGCUUAUUGCGGGUUUGGUGUUGCAGCUUGUUACUUUUGGGUUCUUUCUUGUUGUCGUGGUUUGGUUUGAUCUGUCUUUUGCUUCUGGGGAGGUUGAGGAGGGGGUGAGGUCCGUUUUGAGGGGAAUUUAUAUCGCGGGGUUUUUUAUUAUGGUUCGUAUUUUGUUUAUCUUUGAUACUUUUGUUGGACUUGGGGUUGCUAAUUGUGGUUAUUUUGUGACAGGUUCGGUUGAUUUACCGGGUUGUGGAGUUCUGCAUGGGUAUGGACACUUAUACUUGGACUCAUGA